AUGCAUCCACUGGCUCAGAACCUCUCCGUUUCUCACUGGUGGAAGCUCAUUGCGUGGAGGGCUUGGCAAUGGUUUGGUGGCACGCAGAGUGACCUCCUGCUCCUGAGGCUGGCAAAGCUGGGGGGCUGUGAGGGUGUGCGGUGCCCUGCUGAUGCCUCCUACAGAAGGGGCUGCUGCAGUAGCAAAUGCUACAGCGAUUGUUGUGCAUCGGGUGUGGGGAAAUACACUCUCAAUACUUUCUCCUCUUUAUUUCAUUUGGUAUGUUCUUUGGAAACAGGGAAGAAUCGGAGGCUGAAGCAGGCAAAAGAAGAGGCCCAGGCAGAGAUUGAGCAGUACCGCCUGCAGAGGGAGAAGGAGUUCAAAGCCAAGGAAGCAGCGGCACUUGGAUCUCAUGGCAGCUGCACCACUGAAGUUGAGAAAGAGACCCAGGAGAAGAUGAGCGUGAUCCAGCAGAACUUCCAGAAGAACCGCGAGGUGGUCCUCUCCCAGCUGUUGUCACUAGUAUGUGACAUCAAACCUGAAAUCCAUGUGAAUUACCGCAUCAAUGGGUAGUAGCGGAAGAAGGAAUGAGCAUACUGGAAAUGCUGGUCAUAAUGUCUGAGCUUCAAGUGGAAUGUACAGCUCUUAGCCAUACCUUAACUGUUCUUCUUGUAAAUGUGUUAAAUUAUUUCAGUAAGUUGCAGGUCAUCAAUAUCUUGUUGGAGUUCUGUUAGUUUCUCUCUUGACACAGAUUCAGAGCUUAUUCAAACAUUAAAUGGCCAUGUCUCAAAUCUGUGCUGAGUUAUUAAAUACAUAUUGAAGUUGGCACGUUAAUGCUCCCU